CUAAAUAAAUUUAAAAUGCAUUCUGAAGAUGAAAAGAAGCAGAAGAGUACUGAAGAUGGAAAUAGUCAUGAGAACACUACAUCCAGCCAGGGUCAAGAACAAGAAGACAAACAGAAGGGAAAGAAGAAGAAAGAGGAAAAACCUAAAAUGGUCAGCCCAUUUACACUGUUUCGAUACUCCAGUUGCACAGAUAAAUUACUAAUGAUAUUUGGCACUCUACUGGCAAUAGCCCAUGGAAGCAGUCUUCCUAUUGUGAUGAUAAUUUUUGGUGAUAUGACUGAUGGCUUUGUUAAUGCUGCAAACACAAAUCUUACAGGUAAGAAUAUGGGACAUUAUUCCUCUGCAGAAAUUCUUGGCGGUCUGGAAGAAAAUAUGACAAGAUAUGCAUAUUACUAUUCUGCAAUUGCAGCUGGUGUUCUUGUUGCUGCUUAUAUCCAAACUUCAUUUUGGACCCUAGCAGCAGGCCGACAAAUAAAAAAAAUUAGAGAAAAAUUUUUUCAUGCAAUUAUGAGACAGGAAAUUGGAUGGUUUGAUGUAAAUGAUGUGGGAGAACUUAACACGCGUCUCACUGAUGAUGUCUCCAAGAUUAACGAAGGAAUAGGUGAUAAAAUUGGAUUGCUUGUCCAAUCGUUAACAACAUUUGUGGCAGGAUUUAUUGUUGGCCUCAUAAGAGGAUGGAAAUUAACCCUUGUAAUACUUGCAGUUAGUCCUGUCCUAGGACUUUCAGCAGCCCUCUGGGCAAAGGUUCUCUCUGCAUUCACUGACAAAGAGCAAGCUGCAUAUGCAAAAGCAGGAGCUGUUGCAGAGGAAGUUCUUGGCGCAAUCCGUACUGUAAUAGCUUUUGGAGGGCAAGAAAAAGAAAUCAAAAGGUAUCAUAAAAAUUUAGAAGAUGCUAAACGCAUUGGAAUAAAAAAGGCUAUUACAGCUAAUAUUUCUAUGGGUGCUGCUUUCUUACUGAUAUAUGCAUCAUAUGCACUGGCCUUCUGGUAUGGAACUACCUUGGUCUUAAGUGAUGAUUACACCAUUGGCAAAGUUCUCACUGUCUUUUUCUCUGUAUUGAUUGGAGCUUUCAGUAUUGGACAGACUGCCCCAAGCAUAGAGGCAUUUGCUAAUGCAAGAGGAGCAGCCUAUGCAGUCUUUAGUAUCAUAGACAAUGAACCUCAAAUUGAUAGUUAUUCAGAGACAGGCUACAAACCAGACCACAUUAAAGGGAACUUGGAGUUCCAAAAUGUUCACUUCAGUUACCCAUCCAGACCAGAUGUUCAGAUACUGAAAGGCUUGAAUCUGAAGGUCAACUGUGGCCAGACAGUAGCCCUGGUUGGUGGCAGUGGCUGUGGGAAAAGUACAACUGUUCAGCUCAUCCAGAGAUUUUACGAUCCCAAGGAAGGCAUGAUUACCAUUGAUGGGCAGGAUAUUAAGACCCUAAAUGUAAGAUAUCUGCGGGAGAUUAUUGGUGUGGUGAAUCAGGAGCCCGUGCUGUUUGCUACUACCAUUGCAGAAAAUAUUCGCUACGGCCGAGAGGAUGUCACCAUGGAAGAAAUUGAGAAAGCUACCAAGGAAGCUAACGCUUAUGAUUUCAUCAUGAAGCUACCCAAGAAGUUUGAAACCGUGGUUGGAGAAAGAGGGGCACAGCUGAGCGGAGGCCAGAAGCAAAGAAUAGCAAUUGCCCGAGCUCUGGUUCGCAAUCCCAAAAUUCUGCUGCUUGAUGAGGCAACGUCAGCUUUGGAUACUGAGAGUGAAUCAGUUGUGCAGGCAGCACUUGACAAGGCAAGGGAAGGACGCACCACGAUUGUAGUAGCUCAUCGCCUGUCAACAGUCCGAAAUGCAGAUCUUAUAGCUGUGUUUGAAAGUGGAAUUAUCACAGAAGAAGGGAAUCAUUUUAAACUGAUUGAAAGAAAGGGAAUCUACUACAAACUUGUUAACAUGCAGACAAUAGAAGCUGAAGAUCCAUCAUUGGAAAAAGGUGAGAAUGCAGGCAGUGUUAAAAAAAGUGAGUCUGAACUGGAACAGGAAGAAUCCUUAAUGAAAGGUCUGAGAAGACGAUCAACUCGCAGAAGCAUGAAAAAACCAGGAGAAAAGAAUGAUGAUGCUGAUGUGAAAAAUAAUUCACCUGAUGAAGAAUUACCUCCAGCUUCAUUUCUGAAAAUUAUGAGGUUGAACAAAACUGAGUGGCCAUACUUUGUAGCUGGAACUAUCUGUGCAAUUAUCAAUGGAGCUUUACAACCCGCGUUUUCAGUCAUAUUUUCAGAAAUUAUAGGGAUUUUUUCAGAAACUAAUGAGAAGGUUUUGAGAGAAAAGAGCAACUUAUAUUCACUGCUGUUUUUAGCACUUGGGAUCAUUUCCUUUUUUACUUUCUUUUUUCAGGGUUUCACAUUUGGCAAAGCUGGAGAAAUUCUUACAAUGAGGCUUCGAUUCAUUGCAUUUAAAGCAAUGCUUAGACAGGACAUGGCCUGGUUUGAUGAUUCUAAAAACAGCACUGGAGCGUUAACUACAAGACUUGCUAAUGAUGCCUCACAAGUGAAAGGAGCAACUGGUGUCAGAUUAGCAUUAAUUGCCCAAAACAUAGCUAACCUGGGAACUGGAAUUAUUAUAUCAUUAAUUUAUGGCUGGCAGCUGACCCUGUUACUUUUAGCGGUGGUGCCAGUCAUCGCAGUGGCAGGAAUGAUCGAAAUGAAGAUGUUGGCUGGGCAUGCUAAAAAAGAUAAAGUAGAGCUGGAAGCUGCAGGAAAGAUUGCCACAGAAGCCAUAGAAAAUAUUCGAACUGUUGUUAGUUUGACCAGAGAAAGAAAAUUUGAAUAUAUGUAUGGAGAACAUUUGCAUGUACCAUACAGAAAUUCUGUGAAGAAGGCGCAUAUAUUUGGAUUUUGUUUUGCCCUUUCCCAAGCAAUGAUGUUUUUUACCUAUGCUGGCUGUUUCCGGUUUGGUGCCUAUCUAGUGGCAAAUGGACACAUGGAGUAUAAAAGUGUGUUUUUAGUGUUUUCAGCUGUUGUAUUUGGUGCAAUGGCACUAGGACAAAGCAGCUCUUUUGCGCCAGACUAUGCCAAAGCCAAGAUAGCAGCAGCCCACUUGUUUGUGCUAUUUGAAAGAGUACCCUUAAUAGACAGUUACAGUGAGGAAGGAGAGAAGCCUGAAACAUUUGGGGGAAAUACAAGGAUCAAAGAUGUGACAUUUAACUACCCAAACCGACCAGAGGUCAAAGUACUCCAAGGUUUGAAUCUAAAAGUAGAAAAAGGACAAACACUUGCUCUUGUUGGUAGCAGUGGAUGUGGAAAGAGCACUGUUGUUCAGCUGCUUGAGAGAUUUUAUGAUCCACUCGGUGGAGAAAUUGUGUUUGAUGACAAAAAUGCAAAGACAGUAAAUAUCCAGUGGCUUAGAUCUCACAUUGGUAUAGUCUCCCAAGAGCCAAUCCUGUUUGACUGCACUAUUGCUGAAAACAUCGCAUAUGGAGAUAACAGCCGGGAAGUGUCACAUGAGGAAAUUGUUAGGGCAGCAAAAGAAGCCAAUAUUCAUUCCUUCAUUGACUCUCUGCCAGAUAAAUACAAUACCCGCGUAGGAGACAAGGGAACUCAGCUUUCUGGUGGUCAGAAACAACGCAUUGCUAUUGCCCGAGCUCUUAUACGUAACCCCCAAAUUCUGCUACUGGAUGAAGCUACAUCUGCCUUGGACACAGAAAGUGAAAAGAUUGUCCAGGAAGCGCUGGAUAAAGCCAGGGAAGGUCGCACCUGCAUCGUGAUAGCUCACCGCCUGUCCACCAUCCAGAACGCUGACAAGAUUGCCGUGAUCCAGAAUGGCAAGGUCAUAGAGCAAGGGACUCAUCAGCAGCUCCUGGCUGAAAAAGGCGUCUACUACUCUCUGGUCAAUGUUCAAAGUGGGUCAUGCAACAUGUAA